AUAGUUUGUUCCCCAAUUCAAGCCUUACAUUAGUUUAUUUUGGAGAAGAAAAAAACGAUGAAGCUGCACAUAUAACCCUUUCCUCAUCCAAAUAACCCUAAUUCUGUGCCCUAUAUUUUCUCCACCCACUGCUUUCCCCAAAAUUCAUUCGGUUAGGGGUUUUUCUCCAUGGAUUCUGAUGAUAUGCACGAUGCCAACGAUGUUGAAUCCCUCGAUGACGAUUUCUACGGUGGUGAAACCGAAGAUGAUGAUGAUAAUAACAAUGAUGCUGCUGAUGAUUACGUUGAUGGUGCUGAUAAUUCUGACCUUGCUCAGAGAACUGAGAUAAAUUUUUCCAUAUUGAAAGAAUCAGAUAUCCGGGAACGGCAGGAAGAUGAUAUCAGGAGUGUCGCAGCAGUUCUUUCCAUACCACCUGUUGCUGCAAGCAUCCUACUUCGUCAUUAUAAUUGGAAUGUCAGUAAUGUUAAUGAAGCUUGGUUUGCUGAUGAAGACGGAGUCCGAAGAAAAGUUGGCUUGUUGGAGAAGCCAGCUUAUAAGAAUCCUGAUGCUAACAAAAUGCCUAAGCUUACUUGCGGCAUCUGUUUUGAAGCUUAUCGUCCUUCUAAGAUUCACACUGCUUCUUGUGGUCAUCCGUACUGUUCUUCAUGCUGGGGAGGAUAUAUUGGCACUUCAAUCAACGAUGGUCUGGGAUGCUUGAUGCUGAGAUGUCCUGAUCCCGCCUGUGCUGCUGCCGUUGAUCAAGAUAUGAUUGAUGCAUUUGCAUCUGCUGAAGAUAAAAAGAAGUAUGAACGUUACCUUGUUAGAUCUUACAUUGAAGUCAAUAAAAAGACCAAGUGGUGUCCUGCUCCUGGUUGUGAACAUGCAGUUAAUUUUGAUGCUGGUGAUGAAAAUUAUGACGUAUCUUGCCUCUGUUCAUAUAGCUUUUGCUGGAAUUGCACUGAAGAUGCUCACCGUCCAGUGGAUUGCGACACAGUGUCGAAGUGGAUUUUGAAAAACAGUGCAGAAUCUGAAAACACGAACUGGAUACUUGCUUACACGAAGCCGUGUCCCAAGUGCAAGAGAUCGAUUGAAAAAAACCGUGGAUGCAUGCAUAUGACAUGUAGUGCACCUUGCAGAUUUCAAUUUUGCUGGCUAUGCCUUGGUGAUUGGUCAGACCAUCGCGGUGCUUGCAAUCGUUUUCAAGACUCUGAAAAACAGGCGGUGUAUGAUGAAACUGAAAAAAGAAGAGAAAUGGCAAAGAAAUCAUUGGUGAAGUACACACAUUAUUAUGAGCGGUGGGCUACAAACCAAUCUUCAAGGCAAAAAGCUCUUACUGAUCUACACCAGAUGCAAACUGUUCAUAUGGAGAAUCUUAGUGACAUACAGUGCCAACCUGAGUCGCAGCUUAAGUUCAUAACCGAGGCUUGGUUACAGAUAGUUGAGUGCAGGCGGGUAUUGAAGUGGACAUAUGCAUAUGGAUACUAUUUAGAUGAGCAUGAGCUUGCUAAAAAGAAGCUCUUUGAGUACUUGCAAGGUGAGGCAGAAUCAGGCUUGGAGAGACUUCAUCUAUGUGCCGAAAAGGAACUCCAAGUAUUCCUCAGUGCUGAAGGCCCCUCUAAAGAAUUCAACGAUUUUCGCUCAAAACUAGCUGGAUUGACCCGUGUGACUAAAAACUUCUUCGAGAAUUUGGUUAGGGCAUUAGAGAAUGGUUUAAGUGAUGUGGAUAGUAAUGGAGCUGCUACGAGCAAAGCAAAGAGUUCAAAAAAUGCUGCAGGGAGCAGUAAGGGAAGAGGAAAGGGGACAAAUCGAGCUACCGUGUCCAGCAAAAUAACCGUUGAUAAUGAGUGGUAUUGUGUUGAAUGUACCUAUGCAAACGUCGGAUCUGCCACUGCUUGCGCCAUGUGCAGUGAGUGGUCUUGUGGGCAAUGUACCUAUGCAAACAUCGGAUCUGCCACAGCAUGCGCGGUGUGCAAUCAACAGCGUCAAUGACCCACUAGAAACACAUGCCUUCUACUCAAAGGCCAACACACCAAAAGCUGAAAUGGAGUCGGUAAUCAUAGUUAUGUGCUGGUUUCUUUUUGUAUGGCUAUUUAAUAUUUAACUAGUAAAGAGAUCAAUUUCAAAUUAUUGAAAUAUUAGAGUAUUAGGACACAAUACUUCCUAUUUAAAAUUUUAAAGAGUGCUCUUAGGGCACUCAUUAGCAUUUCCCUUAGUUUUUUAUAUCUAUUUAUUGCUUUAAUUUGUAACUUUGGUCAUUGUGACUUGGAAAGCCAAAAUGAAACCUUAAUUGAUUGUUACAAUGAAACUUUAACCGUAAGAAGCUACUGCAUUUGCAGCAAUGCCAGCGGUUCUGUCCAAA